AAAGCCGCGGCCACCUGUCAAUGACGUAAUCACAACGCGCCGCUGAGGAGGAGGUGGCGGAUGCCUCUUCGAAACAGUAAACUGUUGUCUCCUUUCGGCUAAAAAGCAGCUGUUAGGAUGCCAAAGAAGUUCCAGGGUGAAAACUCWAAGGCAGCCACAGCCCGAGCCCGAAAGGCUGAGGCCAAGGCUGUGGCWGAUGCCCGCAAGAAGCAGGCGGAAGAGGAUGCCCUCUGGGAAGAAACUGACAAACACGUACUUAAAAAAGGCCAGAGGAAGGAUGACAAGGAGAAGAAGAGGAUGGAACUCCUUGAGAGGAAAAAGGAAAACCAGCGACUUCUGGAUGAGGAAAGUGCUCAGAUAAAAGGCAAAGCUCAGAGGGAGGCUGGAUCUGGUGGAAAAGUAACUCGUGCCCAAAUUGAGCAGAUGAUACAGAACGAGCAGCAACAGGAGCAGCAGAUCCAAGAAAAAGAAAAAAGCCACUUGGAGACUCCGUUGGAGGAGAACAUUAACAGAGUCAUAAGUGAUGAAGGAGCUGUGGAAGCCAGAACAAUAGAGGACGCCAUCGCUGUGCUCAGCACGGGACCAGAGGAGCAGGACCGCCACCCAGAGCGGAGGAUGAAAGCGGCGUUCGCUGCCUACGAAGAAGCCAACAUGCCCCGACUAAAACUGGAGAACCCCAACAUGAGGCUGUCGCAGCUAAAGCAGCAGCUGAAGAAGGAGUGGAAUAAAGCUCCAGAGAACCCCCUGAAUCAGCGAUUUUCUUCCUACAACUCCAAGUGAAUUCUUUCUUUUUUUUUUGCCACGAUUUGUUUUGGAAACUCUGCUGGAGCACAUUAGAGACUUGUAUUGGAAAAAAAGUCACAAUUUCAGUCAAUAAUGUGUGCUGCUGAUGAGAGUUUUGCCUCUAAGUAUCCAUAAAUCUUUCCUGUGCCAGAGGACAUCCACUAGUGACAAAAAAAGCAAAAUUUAUUUUUUAUCAAAUUAACACCGUAUCGUGUUCAUGCUCAUAGACUCUAAUGAGACUUCUCACUAAUUAAAUUUGAUCUGUUCUUUUUUUUUUUGCCAGCCUUUCUGGAGAGAUGAGAAGCCAGAUGUUUUGAGCGUAACUUAUUAAAGUUCACCUCAAAAUCGUUAA